GGCUGCAAUACCUUUCUUCACCAAGGUUUGUUGUUUUCUUCGAAAGUUGAAACGUUCUAUUCCCUUCUCUUUAUUCUCCGACGCCGUCUUAUCCACCCACAACCGCCAGAAAACGCCAGUAUGCCGUCAGUUCCCGGAAAACUCGUCUGCGUCACCGGCGCCGGAGGUUUCAUUGCUUCAUGGCUCGUCAAACUACUCCUAGAAAAAGGCUACACUGUUAGAGGCACUGUCCGAAAUCCAGACGAUCCCAAGAAUUCUCAUUUAAGAGAACUUGAAGGAGCAAAUGAGAGAUUAAUUUUAUGCAGAGCUGAGCUUAAUGAUUAUGGGAGUUUACGUGAAGCAAUCAACGGCUGUGAUGGUGUUUUCCAUACUGCAUCACCUGUCACCGAUGAUCCAGAGCAAAUGGUGGAGCCGGCAGUGAAUGGGGCAAAGAAUGUAAUUCGUGCGGCGGCAGAAGCCAAAGUCCGCCGUGUAGUUUUAACCUCAUCAAUUGGUGCUGUAUACAUGGAUCCCAACAGAGCCCCUGAACAAGUUGUUGAUGAGACAUGCUGGAGUGAUCUCGAAUUUUGCAAAAAUACCAAGAAUUGGUAUUGCUAUGGGAAAGCUGUGGCAGAACAAGCAGCAUGGGAUAUGGCAAAGGAGUUAGGAGUGGACAUGGUGGCCAUCAACCCGGUUUUGGUGCUUGGACCGUUGCUACAACCCACUAUAAACGCUAGUGUUCUUCAUGUAUUGAAGUAUUUGACCGGCUCGGCCAAGACUUAUGCCAACUCCGUCCAGGGGUACGUGCAUGUCAAGGACGUGGCAUUGGCUCAAAUACUUCUUUUUGAGACACCUUCAGCCUCAGGCAGGUACCUUUGUGUCGAGACUGUGAUCCAUCGAGCUGAGGUGGUUGAGAUUCUGGCCAAGUUUUUCCCGGAAUAUCCAAUCCCUACCAAGUACGUUUACAAAUACCCAUACAUUUUAUGUCCCUUUUUCUUUUAAAUUAGUCAUAAUAUA